AUGGGCGUGGCCUGGGACCCAUGGGUGCCUAUCCUCCUCGGGAAGAAGCCGAUCUCGUCCCUCGUGUUGCCCCCGGCUCUUCCCUUUCAACACCCCUUGCUGGCGCUCCAGGCCGAUAAUAAAGGGGCAGGAUGGCGACUUGCGCCUACCCUUCGAUCUACGCAGAGCCAGAUGGCCAAUGGGCUGACUGUAGACCUCCUUGCUGCCGCACAGCGAGAGGCCAAUUUCCUGCGUAUGAUCGACCGGAAGGCGCCGCUUCUCUACGAGCCGGAUGUCGUGAAUCAGGCGAUACGGCGCUAUGAGCAAUAUUGGUUACCAAUGCAGGCGCGACACCCCGACAUCAACGUUAUUCCCCCACUGGAUGUCCAUUGGAUAUGGCACACCCAUAUGCUCAGCCCAACACAUUACCACGAGGACUGCCAGAAGAUUUGCGGGAAAGUGAUCGAUCAUAAGCUUCUAUCGUCGGAUGAGAUUCAGAAAAGAUAUGAAGCCUCCGUACGCGCGUGGGAUGAAUAUUGCAGCCCGGAACCGUACGACUUCCUCGCCAGCCCAACCCCAGCCGCCACCUAUGAACUCCAGUCCGGCUAUGACAUUGCCGCCGCCGUACAGCGCCAACGAAACUUCAACUAUCAAGUCUCACUACCACACUAUACGUCGACCAAAUUUCUUUCCGAAGCCGUCCGUCGUUAUAUUCAGUUCCUACUCCUCAAGCAGAGCUACCACGAUCAGUUCCUGACACCGUGCUACGAUUUCGACAUCAUCUGGCACACGCAUCAGGUCCACCCGCUCAAUUAUGAGCGGGAUUGUAUCGCAAUCUUUGGGAGCCUUUUGAAGCAUGAUGAUGGGGUAAACGACCGCUCGAAGGGAAGCAAACUGCUAAAGGGCGAGGCGGUGACAAAAAAGUUAUGGACCACACAUUUCGAUGAAGCCUUUUGGCGACGAGGUUGUAUGUAUCGCGGUCACAACGCGCCGGCUUUUCUCGGCUUCGAAUCGCAGGAUUUGUCGAAUAUCGCCUAUGGAGAUUUACACGUCCCUUCCAUUGCGCUAAAAGAUAUCCCCGUGCAGCGCGAGCAACUGCGGCUAAAACUCUGCUACGGCAACAAGAAGGUGACAACAUUCAACGCUGAUCUCUCCCAAAAACAAGUAACAAAAUCGGGCUUUUCCCUGGUUUGGCAGCCAACCGACAGCUCUUCCUCGGCUUCUAUCGUCAAGUUUCCGUUUGAGAGGAAAUGUUCGAAGGAUCUCUUCGUUGAGCUCGAGCUGUUCGACAAAAUGUUCCUGCAGAAGAAAGACCUGGUCCGGUUGAUUGGGCGCGUCUCGCUAGAUGAUCUCCUCCCCCCGACAAACAGCAAAUCGGCGCACAACGUGGCGGAUGUGCCCUUGCAGACAAAAGACUACGAUCCAGAGUUGAAUGCUCGUGUCACCGUCACGACUAGCGUCACGCUCAACCGAGAGCUUCAACUAUUGGCCGGCGAUUUUCAAGAAACCGCCCUGCAAGUCGAUACUCAUUUGUGGUUCCUGUGUCAGUGCGCUUCAUUGAAUCGGCAAGCCAUGCAACCUGGCGUCACCGUCCAUCUAGCAACACACACAGUAAUGGAUACGCGCGAUGGAACCAAAUUCACCGUACAAGUCGUCCAUUCCGCCCCGCUACUACUGUCAAUGAUCCUGGUGUAUGGCCGAGAGCAACGGCUGCUUUCUAUGGCUCACCUCAUUGGAGCGGAUAGUUUGCCCAGUCGCGAGCAGCUCGAUAAUAACUUGCAAUUCCUACCUCACCUGUCGUCACCAGAAGAGCGCGCCUUUGUCAUUGUCAAUCGCGAGGGAGAUUAUGCGAUUGUGAAAGGAAGAUGGACAGGAUUUGCGAGGAAACAGGAAACGCCAAACGUCACCGUAAAAGGCCAAAAAUCGAAGCCCGGAAACCCGGGCCGAUUGCUUGUCGACGCGUUCAAUUUGCUGAAAAACACUGUGCAAAAGCUGGAAGUUCCAACGGCUGAGGGGAGCACGCUUUUUGUCAUUGGAGACGCACAAGCUCGCCUUCCCGGCAAGCGAAUCGAGGUCCGCUCGACAGCCACCGCCGAGCACAUCGCCGCCGUGUUUUGCGUGUCGACCCUUUUCGUGCUGUGCAACCCGGAUAAAGUGCGCGCCCGAACCGAAGCAACAACCGUCGGCCACCAAGCCCAUAAAUGGCCCCUAACCCUGGCGUGUGGAUAUGGCAAACAACUGCCAUCCAACCGUAUCAUUGCCGCCGGUGACUACGGCGGAGGCGGAGGUGGAUGCGACGGUGGUGCUUGUGGAGCGUGCGGUGCCUGCGGCGCUUGCGGUGCAUGCGGAGGCUGCGGAGGCUGUGGCGGAUGCGGUGGAUGCGGAGGUUGCGGA